AUGUGGAUGGAGACAUUUGAAAUCUCAUACGGCAUGGAUGGAACCAACUUUGCGUUUUAUAAAUUUAACGGUCAGAUUCAGGUACGAAAAUCGUGGAAUCAAUUAGAGGUGGUUCACUACAUGACAAACCAGUGAGGUUUAUAUAUUUCUGGAGUCUGUAUUUCAGUCAGUUAGCUCAUGAGAAAAGUGAAGUCAAGAUGCUGAAAAUUGGCUCCCAACAUUAUAGCAUUUUCCCCAGUUGUUUCUAGUUUUAUUUUAGCGGAUCUUAUGCUAAUCAAUGUAUCAGUUCAUAAAACAAUAAUAAUAUUUAAUAAUAUUCUUCAAUAAUAUUGUUCUUCAAAGCUCGACAUGUUGGCGCACUUCUUGCAGUCUUGUGUUAAAAGUGCGGACAAAAACAAUGGAGGAUUCACUCUAAACGUCAAUUUGACUCGAAAGUAUUUUAUUCUGCAGGCAAAUGUUUCCGGUUUGCCCAUCUCUGGCUCCUUCCGCAAUAAUGUUUCGUAAUCGGCCUGUUUUGUAUCUAUAGCCGUUGUUCAAACAUAGUUCUAAGUAAUGGGAACAAGCGUGAAAAUUUCACGUCUUGUAGCAGAUGUGCCAACAGGCCAUCAACAAGUUGUGUUCGCACUGCUUGUCCCAAGUUGUCAACAAGUUUGGAACAAGCUGUUAACAACUUGUAACAAACUUCUUGAUAUGAUCAGACUUAUUGCAAGGUUGUUGUUCCAACAAGUCCGACACAGUCGUGAUAUAACAAUAUUGUUACAACCUUGUAACAUUAUGUUAUAACAUGAGUGUAACAACCUUGUCAUAAAGCAGCAACAGUUCUGAUAAUGCCACUUUAAGCUUGUUACAAGUUGUUAACAGCUUGUUCCAAUUCUUGUUGCAACGACUGGGAACAAGCAAUGCGAACACAACUUGUCGGCAGCUUGUGAACAGAUUUGUAACAACUAGUUUGCAGAACUGUAACAAUUUGUACGUUUUUACUUGUGUAAUUCAGGACCUUUGAAGUCUUCCUUUGUUAGUCAAAAAUUUGAUCAGCAUUCGGUAAAACCUAAUAGCAUUGUCAUUCAGGUCCAUCAGUUUUCACUUUUCAACCUUAUGUAAGUUCGAUUCACACUUGUCAAAAAAGGCUGAAACCCUUCUAAAUUUUGUACAGAUUGAUAUCGUAGCGAAUACGAAUGAUUCAUUUUAUUUUUUUAUGUCUUUCUACGGAUAACACAACGAAGAAGUUGCUUCCAGGUUGACUCCAGAAGUUUGUUUACACUUGCAAUUUUUACUGCGAUUUUUUACUUUUCUCCUUCUAAUGGAUGUGAACGAGCAGAUGAGUUACGAAUGUUCGGAGUACAUGUACCCUCAUCUGAACAUUCAUAACUCAUCCACUCGUUCACAUCCAUCAGAAGAAGAAAAUCGCAUCUGAAAUCGCAUUUGGGGAAUAUGAGAAAUUUACAGACCCGCUCCUCAACCACCCCUCUCUCAGUAUAAUUUGAUUUACCUCCCAGAAUCUGGGAGGUCACGUGACCAGCCUUUACAAGGGUCUCUGUCCCGCGGCGGGUGUGGAGGCCCUUGCUUGCGAGGUUGGAGUAAACCAGCCUUUACAACGUUUCUUCUUUCAUAUUUUUAGGUUUUUAAAGCCAAUUAUGAUCAUAGUUCAGUUGUGAAGCGCAACUUGCCUUCAACUAUUUUUGCUCGUUUCAUCCGCAUUCAUCCCAAAACAUGCAAAAACGCUUGUGUCAUGAGGACUGAGAUUUACGGCUGUUUAGACGGUAAGGUUUGUUAUGUAUAUUAACGUGAAAAAUUAAUUAUUGUAUGUGAUGUUAAUGAUUUUGUUGGUGGCAAUGAUGAUGAUCAUGGCGGUGAUAAUGAUGAUGAUGAUCAUGGCGGUGAUAAUGAUGAUGAUGAUGAUGAUGAUGUAUUGAUGAUGAUGAUGAUCAUGGCGGUGAUAAUGAUGAUGAUGAUGAUGAUCAUGGUUGUGAUGAUGAUGGUGGUGAUGGUGGUGAUGAUGAUGAUCAUGGCGGUGAUAAUGGUCGUGAUGGUGGUGAUGAUGAUGAUCAUGGUGGUGGUGACGAUGAUGAUCAUAUGGCGAUGAUAAUGAUGAUGAUGGUGGCGAUGAUGAUGAUGAUCAUGGCGGUAAUAAUGAUGAUGAUGAUCAUGGCGGUGAUGAUGAUGAUCAUGGCGGUGCUGAUGAUGACGAUGGUGAUGACAAUGAUGUUGAUAAUAACAGUGAUAAUGAUAAUUAUGAAGGUUGUGGUCAUACUGAUGAUGAUGAUGGUGUCGAUGAUGAUAUUGGUGAUCAUGAUCAUGAUGAUUGUAAUAUUUGGACUUUAAAAUAUGUUCGUUAUAUAGUUGUUAUACUAAUGGUGAUAAUGAUUAUGGUGAUUGACAGUGAUGGUGUUAAUAAUGAUUAGGAAAUUUUGUAAUUCUACUCAUGGUGUUACUAUGAUUUUAGGGCUUGAUAACUGUGCAUCAGUCACGUGCCAAAAUAACGGGACCUGCAGUGAUUUGGUGGAUUCUUUCAAAUGUGAAUGUCCGUCUGGGUAUCUUGGAUAUCUUUGUGACUUAAGUACGAAUUUAUGUCAUGCCUGUAUGUUUUUUUUGCAGCUAGCCAGAAAAAAUUGCAGUUAGGUCUGCGUGGCCCAAACUUGCCCGGCUUCGCUUGAAGCUUGCAAAUUGGGACAGGGGACUGGGCACCGAAAAAAUUUUUUCUUGAGUGCCCGCUAAAGUACUCAAUUGCUCGAAAAUUUUCAUAUAUCAAGCCGACGUGAUGAAUAAAAUUCGGCCACAGAACAGGAAAUUUGACGUUUUUGAUGGCAUCAUUUGAUGAAUUUACAUCUUGAGUACGACUCUUAUUAAAUCUGGUCGUAAAUACUGCAAAAUGUAUUCAGAAAAAAUGAAAUUUUCUACUUUACUUAAGUGUACAUAGGACCUUCUGACCAAGGAUUGCAGUUAGCUUCAGGCACCUCCAAUGAUUUAUGUCUGUAUCGGGGUUGGGGUACUCAUAGAUUUUACAGUUUUUGAUUGAAAUAGGGUGCGUUUUAUGUUUUUUGGUUUGAAGUGUCGACCUCUGAGGCCUCGAAAAAAUUCUAUUUUACAUUAAUAGUCUCUCCGUUAAAAAGUGUAUAUUAUUUCAUUUUAGAUUGUACGUUUGUGACCGAUCUAGGUUUGGGUGACGAAAGUAUCAUUGAUUCACAGAUAACAGCAUCUUCGACUUCAACUGCCGUGUUGAAUGCUGGCGCUGUAAGACUGGACACCACCGAAAAUGUUUGGCGUCCAAAGACAAACGAUUAUAAUUCGUGGCUUCAGGUGGAUUUUCAAGAAAUUGUGAACAUAGCAAUCAUAAAAACACAAGGAGGAAUUACAGAAAAAAACUUUGUUAGAACCUUUUCGGUAAGCUAUGGAGACGAUGGCACGAACUUUCAAGAUUAUAAAGAUGCUGGAAGAACGAAGGUAUUGUGUAAAGGCCUAUUCAAACCAUUCCAACAUUGGGUCAUUCUAGGGAUGGGCCGAUAUCGAUACCAAAUACUCGAUACUAUCGAUACCAGGGUUUUGAAGAAAAGUAUCGAUACUGGCAAGAAAUAUCGAUGUUUCGAUAUUUCUGCGCCCGCGAUAUUUUUCAUUUUGGUCAGCGGCAUCAUCAUGAAAAUGAUACCAAAAAGCCUAAAUAGGCGUAAAUAGUUCAUUUUCUAUGGUGCUAUAAUGGUCCACGGGAAGGAUAGGAGUUUCUGGUUAUGUUGGUUGCAAUCACUGACAUAUAUUAUUCAAUGUUUAUAUUGUUAGCGUUGUGGCCGUUGUUAAUGAUUUCAAGUUGGGAAAAUAUCGAUAUCGGUAUCGAUAUCGAAAAAAAAUGGCAAAUAUCGAGCAAAUAUCGUAUCGAAUGAAAAAGCUGGUAUCGCCCAUCCCUAGGUCAUUCCAUUUAAUAUGGGCACUCCCUCCCCCUAUUUGGGGGUCCCUUCAUAAUCUCCUUAGGAUAUUAAAAUUUUGGCAUCCCUUUUGAAUGCAAUUUGUUACCCCAUAGGCAGGGUGUUAGCCAGGCGGCCGUCCAACCGUCCUACGGACGGCUACUUCUGAAUUUGGACGGCUAAAUUUUAAUGGACGGCCUAAGGGAAUAUUUUCUUUAAAUAGCAAUUUACAAGCUUUGUAGUAUUUCUUGAAUACUUCGAGUUGUUGUCAUCUGCUGUUUACUUUACUUAUGGUAUAUGUUUUCAUACUUUUCCCGUCCAAAACACGUUGAAUAUGGCUGAAUUGCAGUAUCGACAAACGCGCCAUGUUUUUUGUAACCAUGUUGAUGAUUCUUGCAUGAAGUAUCAAGGAGAAUAAUUUGAAACCGCUGUUUUAAAAAGCAGCAGUCGCUUUAUCGCUCGAGCGCCACAUGCUUUAGAGUUACAGCAUGGUUAAUAGUAACGGUAAAGAUGGCUAUAAAAUGAGCCAAACGCAUAAAAAAGAGAAAAAUAUCGGCGAUUGAUAAAAAAUAACUAAACACUACACUGCUGUAUUGUGUUCAUCAUAGCAGAUACUGUACAUUGUAGUGAUCAUACGGUUCAUACCAUACAAGGCAUACAUGUGCUUUUACUAAUUUAAUGACGGAAAUGUGCAUCUAAAACUAAAAGUAAAAAGGUUUAACGAAUAGACCACCACAAUUCCACAACAAAAGAUUGCGGUCACGCCCAAAAACAUGUGAUCACGCUCACAAAAAAUUGCGGCCACGCCCAUAAAACUAUUUUGGACGGCCACUUUUGAAAUCCUGGCUAACACCCUGCUUCCCUCGCCUUCUCUACAAUAUCUAUUACCUCAUAUUCUUCAGAUCUAUUUAUUCCUCAGUCUUUCAGACCACUUCUCUUUCAUUUCAUCUUAUUGUGUUUCCACAACGUCUCAGCAUUGCUUCCUUCACCUUCUCUAUCGUACAUGCCAGCCCAAAUCUCCUUCAUCAUUUCUUAUUACGUGUCUAUAUACCAUCCAGUAUUGCUUCGCGUACGUUCUCUACAAUGUCUGCCAGCCCACAUAUUCUUCAUUUCGUAAUGUUUCUGGCCGGCUCUCCUUUAUCUCCUUUUUUACGUGUCCAUACCAGCCCUCGCCUUCUCUGCAACAUCUACCACCCACAUCUUCGGAUCUCUUUAUUCCAUCUUGUAUAAUCUCUCCAUCAUCUCUUCACUCCUCCGACAAUACUAUCCCAAUCUCCAAAACCCUGUGUUGUCGAAUCAACACUUCCCAAGCUCCCUAUUUCAACCGUAUAGUCAAACUCUGGAACAACAUCGUACUCACUGCUACACCGAAAAUUUCCAGUUCAUCACUCUUUAAAAAGUGUGUGGGAGAUUUAUUUAUAUAGUGGAAUUAAACAGAACUUUUGACUUGUCCAUGCCUUGCACAUGGAGUCUAGUACGAGGUCAAGGAGUAAAAUUUGAGGUAGAACGUUCAAUCAACGAUAAGUCGUUGUCCAAUCGAUCUGCUACAUAAACCGAGAUAUCAAUCAUCCCUAUAUUCAUCAUCUACUUCUGUUUGCUCGUUCUGUUCUGUUAUAACUAUUAUUCAUUGCUUUACGUGGCGUUCUAUUUUAUACUUGUUAAAGGAGUUGCCUUGCAUGGGACUUCCCUUUUGAGAACUUCCCAUAGAAUAGUUUGUUAGUGUUAUACUGUGGUCCAAUAAAUUUGACAAAAUAAAAUAAAAUAAAAAUCUCGCAUCUAACUUAUCACUUUUUCAAUGUUUUAGAUUUUUAAAGCAAAUGUAGACAGCAGUGGAAUAGUUCUCAAUUACUUCACGCCAAAUAUAAAUGCACGAUAUUUUCGGAUUCAUGUGCUGUCAUUCGAGAUCCAACCCGAUUUAAGAAUGGAGCUUGCCAAGUGUUGUAAGUAUUUUUUAUUAUCAAUGGACAACUUGCAUGUUAGACUAAAUUUUAAUCUAAGCAGAGAAAAGGGAAUCAAACACCACAGCUAAAAAGAACAUAAUGAAAUUAGUAAACUUGCAAAAUUUGGUUGCGAAAUGUUGUAAAGCUUGGAAAAUAUAGCCUUGCAAAGUUUGCAUAUUUUCAGUAUAUUUGUAUUACGUGCGGAAAUUGUUACCAUUUUCGGCUGGAAAAUGGUAACAAUUUUCGCACGUAAUACAAAAUGACUGAAAAUUGCAAACUUCGCAAGGCUAUAUUUUCUGCAUUUUACAACAUUUCGCAACCAAAUUUUGCAAUUUUACUGAUUUUAAUAAGUUCUUUACGGGAAUUUACUUUUUUUGCCUAAAUCAAAAAUUUGUCUAACAUGCAAGUUGUCUAUUGAAUGGAGAGAUUUUCCCGCAGCCUGCAUCCCGAUUUCGGCCACUGAGCAGUGUAAUGUAAUUGUAUUUGCAGUGUAGAUACAUAACGAACUGGUGGCAACUCGGAGACUCCAGGCUUAGACACCCUCCUAUGGCUUACUCCAAUGAUCGAAUUUCAGAUGAUGAGUUUUAAGCCCAGGUCACACUACAUAACGAUAACGAUACGAUAACUUGUAUACGCACGCUGAUUGGUCAAAAAUUUAUCGUUAUCGUCCGACUGAAAAAAAAAUCGCUCAGGUGAGCGAUUUUAAAAUCGUUAUCGUCUAACGAUAAUUUUAUCAUUUUCGUUGUUGUGUGGACACUAACACAAUUUUUUUGCCAAUUAUCGCGUGUUUACAAUUUAUCGUAUCGUUAUCGUUGUGUAGUGUGACCGGGCCUUUAGUCAACAUUUUAAGAAUUGUAUACCAGUCAUUAUCCCCUAUCCCCAAUCUACGUGCCAAAUUAUCUGCGUGCCAAAUUAAAGCUGUUAAAUUAGAAUCCAUUUCCAGUUCAGAUAUUUGUCCAUUUUUAGUUUGCACGGUCGUUCCUGCUGGAAUGAAAAGCACCGGGAUUGGUGCUAACCAGAUCACUGCAUCGUCCACUUACAGUAUAUCUCACACCCCGAUCUAUGCACGACUCGAUUACCCGGGAAUAUAUUGGUCUCCGGCCAACUCUGAUUACGAUAAUCCGUGGCUACAGGUUGACUUUAAAUCCGAGGUAACUGUGGAUGGCAUUGGUACUCAAGGUGGUGGCUUGGCAUCGUAUGUAAAAACUUUCACUGUUAGCAAAGGAAGCGAUGGCAUUCGUUUUGAUAUUUAUAAAGACAACAAUGUGGAGAAGGUAAAAUAAUUAUCUGACAGAGGUCUCACUUCUGCUAGAAAACCGUAAGGUAGUUUUUACAAAAAUAGCUAGCGGCCAUGUUCUUAGUCAAUAUGUUUUCAGGGGUGUGAUAGCCUUUCUUUACCGGGACCGGACUGGCUAAGAACAUAUGGCGAACUGAAAAAAUCCCUUACGCUAAAUUAACCUGAAGUAAGACCUCUGUAUGUACUUACUCUGUGGCGAUAUAGGCGGCUGACCAUGUAUACCAAAUGAAAAUGUAUACCUAAAUUUCAGUUGGUGGCAUUUUCUGUUACAAGCUGCCAAUGUUAUUUUCUUAGAGUAGCGAUAUGCUGAUUUAUAUAGAAGACUAUAUAAAGUUGGCAAAUCUGAUUUUGGCAUUAUAGAUGAAAAUUUGUAAUUUUUAAAUAUUGCUUAAUGAAGUACUAUGUUAAAUAAUGCACAAGUUCAUUUUUAACAAAAACAAACUAUACCAACUUACCAUAAGAAAGUUCGCAUAAAGUAUAUAUAAGACAUUUAUGCGAUUGGUACGAUUUUUGUAGAAAUUUUGUCAACAUAGUCAUAUAGUACUUUUAAUAGCCAAUAUUAUAUUCAAAUUGUCACAUUUUUAAAAUCAGAGAAGCCAACAUAAAUAGUCUUCUUUGUUAGUGCGUGUAUACUCCAAGAAAAUGCCAGUUGGCAGAUUGUAACCAAACUGCUAUAGUAUAUAAGAGUGUAACUUUCAGAUCGUUAGCCGGUCGUCUACUAAAAAUUCGCCGCAAAAUAUUACAAUACCAUACUUUAGGGAACUGUCUUUUUUACCUUACAUGCAUGGAUUGUGUUCUUUAGGACGUGUUGUCGUAUAUGAAGCGAUGAAUUAGGUUGCAGUUUUACAGGAUUAAAACAAAUUUCCUAUUGCCGGCCAGGCUGUAUUUUGUUCCAAACUGUUCCAAAGAUGUCUAAAAAUUUUUGCAAAAAUGUAUAGAUAGGAAAAUUGUCGGGGCUAGCUUCCCAGGUUUCGAUACUUUUUUCACUUCUGAUUAGAGGUGUGCAUCGGAUCGGAUUGGACGUUUAUAAUCCGACAAUCAUGCCUAAUGUUUAAAAUCCGAUCCGAAUUGUUUAAUCCGAAUCCGAUCCGAGUUUUGAAAAAGAAUUCCAAUUCGAACCGAUCCGAAGAAUUCUUUAAUAAAACAAAUUUCUCAUUCAUGUUGAAAUAUUUAACCAAAUAAAUAUAAAAGCAAGAAAUACAUGUCAAGAAGCUGACAAAGUGACGUCCAAGUGAAAUAUCAAACGAAAAAUGCAGCGACAACCGCGAUAAUGCUUUGAUAAAUGCAUGGAUAAUUAUAAUUCUUGCAAUAAUGCAUGGAUUGCAUUUUAUUUCGGAUAUCGAAGUCCGAUCCGACUACGAAACAACUUUAUCGAUCCGAUCCGAAAUGAAUAUUUUGGUUCCGAAAUCCGAACGAAUCGGAUCGGUUUCGGAUCGGAUUUGCACACCUCUACUUAUUAUUUAUUAUUAUUUUUUUAUUAUUAUAAUAUUCUGAUAAUAGAUAGCUUAAGAUCCACGACGUCGACGUUAGGUAGGACGUCAGGGCUAAGCAGAGGACUGGGACUACAUUAGGACGACAUCCUAGUCCCAGUCGUCUGCAUAGCCCUGACGUCCUAGCUGACGUUGACGUCGUAGAUCUUAAGCUAUCUAGUAUCUAUGAUAACAUCCUGAACGUCGGGGGCCUGUAUAUGUAGCGAUGAAUACAAACCGCGAAAUCUGGAGGUGAAAGAACGUCGCCGUUACGUUUCGAGCGAAGGAUCUUCGUCUUAUAGACGUACGAGCAGGCCCGCCGAAAGGGCUGGGGGUAGGAGGGCACUUUGCCCCUGGCCCCCAAAGCAACGAAGGCGACUUGACCGCAAACCAAAGAUUGUAGGCUUGAUUCAUACAACGCAUUUCCACAACGGUGUCACUCAGAGUAGCAUUAUUUCGUAUAAAUCCAUGUAUUUUUUUCAACUGUCUAGAUCUUCACAGGAAACACCGACACUUCAACGGUCGUGCAUAAUAUAUUCUCUCCUCGAAUAACAUCGAGAUACAUUCGUGUCAAUCCGAAGACGCAUACGCGUUAUAUAGCCUUGCGAGUGGAAUUCUACAUCUGCAAUCAAGGUAUGAGUUUUCACUCACGAUCACCUUGAUUUUCUUUGCUAUUUGCAGUAUACAGCUAAUUCAAGAAAGGUCGUCCUUUGCAAACCUUGAAACUCUAAACCUUAAAGGUCCAUACACACCGGACGCGAUUCGACAACGCGACGCGAUUUUUUAGUUUUUGAAAGUUAAUAAAACAGCCAAUGAGAGCAAAUUUUGAAAGAUAUGUAGACCAAAUAACUCAAAACGUUAUAGCGCUUCUAAAUAUUUGGAAAAUUCAAACUAGGAUCAAAGUUAUCGGUCAGUGAAAAUCGAGUGAGAAUCGCGUCCGGUGUGUCUGGACCUUAAACCUGAAACUCUAAGCGUGCAAAGCAUAAUGGGAACAUCAUUGCCCAUUUCUUGGAGACAUCAUACCUAAUUUUAAGAAUUUUUUAUCACUGCACAUUUUAUGCCAAAAAUUUCCGAAUGACUAAGAAAAUUUCCGAAUAUUCGGAAAUUUUUGGCGACCCCCCCCCCCCCGUCGCCAAAAAAAUUUUGGUCAGUGUACCAUUUUAAGGGUCAAAAAAUUUUUCCGGACAUACCAAAAGCCAGAUAUUAACUGAAAAUUGCCUGAAUCUCAUGAUUUUCGUACAAAAAACAUAUACUAUUAUUUAAUUCGAUAAUUUGGCAGUCAUCAUUUCAAUUUCAAUUAAAUCAUUCUCUUGUGUUAAUUAACAACUUACCAAAGCAAAUUUUAUCACUGCACAUUUUAUAAAUCAUUCUCUUGUGUUAAUUAACAACUUACCAAAGCAAAUUUUAUCACUGCACAUUUUACAUUUUAUCACUGCACAUUUUACUUUUAUCACUGCACAAAUUGGUUAUCACUGCACACUAAAAUUAGGUAUGGGAGACAUGGUAAAUAUAAAAUUAGGUAUGGGAGACAUGGUAAAUAUCUCCUUACGAGAACAAUUCACUCUUGAUACUACUGACUAAGCUUGAAAUGUGUGCUCCCAAGCUUUGAGUUUAAGAUUUAGAGUGUAAGGUUUGCAAAGGACGACGUUUUUUGAAUUGGCUGUAUACUGUGUUUAGAUAUAGGCGUAUUAAAGUACAUUGACACGAAACUGUCUGAAGAACGUUUCGAACUAGUGUAGAGUAACCUCUUUUGUGGUUUAAGAAUUCUUGUAGAUGGAAAUUUUGAGCGGACGAUUAUAUACAAUCUUAAGGCCCAUUUCCACUCAAGAAAAAUUUCCACGGACAGAAAAUUUUCCGAAAAUAUCAUUGUUAAAAGUUGAAAAUUUUCAACUUCAAAAUUUUUUUCCGACGGAACAUUUGUGUUCGGCCAAUCACAUUUUACAAAAUUUUCUUUCCGUGGAAAAUUUUCUUGAGUGGAAAUGGUCCUUUAGACCUAACCAGGAGCGGUUACGAAAAAUGCAACUCCAGGCGGUCCUCUAGCAGGAAUCAAACCUGCGGGCCUGCCAUUCCGGUGCAGCGCUCUAACCGACUGAGCUACAGAGUCCAGUUGUCGAUCUCUAACCACAAGUUUUUGUUCCAUCAUUCGUUGUUGAGAUGUACCUCAUUUUCUUCAAAAAACUAAAAAUAUAACAUAAGUAAGUGGGGUGUACUGAUCAUCCUUACUUGCAGCUGAGAGCUAAACUGAACUGCGAAGGACGCAGCUCAACCUGAUCGAGUCGAAGGCUUUUUAAGGGCGCCUCUGGCAGGCAUCUCAUCGGGAGAGGGUGGCAUAGCAGUCAAAUCAGAAGUUCAUAGUUUUAAACUUCCAUCGUCUGAUAUAAGCAUUUUCCUGCCAUAUGUACAAUGAACAAACUUGAAAGAAAUAUAUAUUUUUUUAUGUUUGUGAUGUUACUCUGAGUGUAUAUGCCUGGGCACGGUGGGAAUCGAACCUACGACCUUCAAGCUCGCCCGGUGUGGAUAUACACUCAGAGUAACAUCACAAACAUCAUUCACCUGAGUACACAACACCAACACAGAAAAAAUUAUAUAUUUUUUAUUUUCUACAGUAUGCCUACCGACUAACCCAUGUCUUAACACUGGAAGCUGUAGCAGUGUAAUUCCGACCAGUUUUGCUUGUUCCUGUGUCAAUGAUGUUCAAGGCGAUCUUUGUCAAUGUAAGUCUACCCUUUCUACCGUAUCCUACUCUACCUUACUCUACUUUACUCUAGACUGAUCUGGGGCUGUUAUGUGUUCCGAUGUACAGUAGUAUAUAUUAAUAAUGAUUUCUCAUGCAUGACUAUCCUUUGUUGUAGCUUGUUCGGCUCCAAUAGCUUUGGGUCUUGAAAGCGGUGAUAUACUGGACGCCCAACUCACAAGCUCAUCGGAACAUAGCGAUGGCUUGAAAAACACAAUAUUCGCCAGAUUGAACCAACCUGCUGUUACUGGCGUGACAAGUGGUGGUUGGGCUCCGGAUGGACUUUCGAACUCUUGGUUACAAAUAGAUUUCAGGGUAAUUAUUAUACUAACAUUGUACUGUAUAUCUGUAUCAGAUUUGUGCAUAUGCAGGGUGCGAUCAUUCGCGUACCAACGUACCGAAGGUACGCCAAAUUUUUGGUCUGGUACUUCUUUGUUUUUAGGCAAGUACCACGUAGGUACGCGGAAAUUUGCUAUUCGCGUACUUACAUUUUCCAUCUAGCAAUAACUAGCAAACCUGCCAAAGUUUUCAAAACUGUGAAGAACGUUAGCUGUACAUGUAAAUUCCACGCAUCCGACAUAUUUUGGGAUGAAAAAAGCCAAAAGGUUAUCUUUGCGCUUGAUCAAAAAAUUUAUUGUCAUCGUCCGACUGAAAAAAAUCGCUCGGGCGAGCGAUUUUAAAAUCCUUAUCGUCAAACGCCGAUAAUUUGAUCGUUUUCGUUGUAGUGUGGACACCAACAUAACUUUUUACCAAUCAUCGCGUGUUUACAAGUUAUCUAUCGUAUCGUUAUCGUUGUGUGGGGUGACCUGGGCUUAAUUGUCAAUGCUAUACCAAGGCCUAAAAAAAAUACCUGUGGUAUAAAAACGCAUGACUCGGAAGUAGUCUUAGGUACGUCUUGACUCUUAAGUUUGUACCAGAUCAGGUACGCGGCAAAAGUUGUCGGUACGGCUAAAAAUAUUGAAUUAUCGCACCCUGAUAUGCACAGUUCUCCCAAGCAUAGAACGAAGGGAACAUAUUCGAGCAUAAAAUUAGUCGCCCAUUUAGUGUUUUUCUACGGCAAAUAGCCGUUUGCCGACCAUUAUGAUCCACAUUGAUCCUCAUUCAUCAUUUCUCUUUAGGUCAACACGACAUUGACAGGUAUUUCGAUCCAGGGUGUGGACGACCCAACCAAAGAUACUAGGGUGACCAAAUUCCAAAUAGCGUACAGCCAAGAUGGAGUAACCUUUCUGGAUCAUCAGGAGAAUGGUGAAGUUAAGGUAGGAAAUUUACUUGACGUCAGGGAUGGAUUUACUGGGAGGGCGCACGUCCUAGUCCUUGCGGGGGGUGCUAUUUUUCAUGAUAAAGCAAAAAAAAUAAUAGAAACAAAAUGAGAUACAAUAAUUUGAGCAAUAACAUGAUGAUAAGCGAAAUGUGAAAAACAAUUACAAUUCAAAUACAGUAUGUUGAUGGGCGGGCGGCAUACAUGACCGACGCAACUGACGGCACCAGAGUUGGCAGAGCAUCCCUCUACCAGAUCAUGCUGGAUCCAUCCCUACUUGACGUUGCACAUAACAUUACCCGCAGAUAAGAAAUAUUUUAAAUCAAGCAUGUUUUAAGCGGCCUUCACCGACGAGCUAUGCUUGAAGGUCGAGCCCGAUUCGACAACGCGACGCGAUUUUUUUGUUUUUGAAAGUUAAUAAAACUGGUGUGUCUGCACCUUGAUACUGAGGCCUAUUUCAUACGUCGAAUUUGAUUCAGACGAAUUUAAUUCGUUAUUAUACUCGUCGAUUAGUUGAGUUUAAAAUGGUUUUGUUUCAAACGACGAAAUUAACUCAGACGAAUUCAUUUUAUGAUUAGUGAUCAUGGAUUGCACAGAAAUAGAAAUCACGCGACCAGAAACAAAAGUUAACGUCAGUUAUGCAUUUAUAAUUCGACAUGACGAUGAAACGAAGACGCGCGCUACAGACGUUGUCUCCAUCUGACCAUGAAAUACUUCGAGGUUCUGCUCCCCGCAUCGGACAUGGGUGGUUAUAGGUUGCAUCCAGACGCCACCUGACGAUCUCCAAGCUGCAGAGAAUGAUGAUUGGCACGUUUACCCUAGAUGCAAAUAACAAAUAUACAUAAUAUUAAACGCCCGACGUGCGAUAACUAACAAUCAUUUUUUUAUUCCUUUUUUUACAUAGAUUUUCUCUGUCAGUGGCGCAACAAACGCGAGCGAAGUACUUCACAGGGAUUUCAAUUCUUCAAUCAUAGCUCGCUAUCUCAGAUUUUUUCCAGUGGAGUGGAACGGUGAAUACCCCGGGGUGAGACUGGAUAUUUCUGGAUGCACAGGGGGUAUGUAUGUACUAUUUAAAGCACGCGUACAUGGGAGUGUUUUAUCACAUAUAAAACACGACGCGUAGCGGAGUGUUUUAUAUGUGAUAAAACACGACUACAAGUGCUUUAAAUGGCUUAAAAAACGACUCAUCUUAUACGAGUUCAUUGGCGAAGUAAUUUUUAAAAUAAACUUUGUCUAAACCGAGAAAAUCAAAGCUAAAGUUUAUCAGGAAAUCAAGGGAAAUCUCUAUCACAUAUAAAGAUACGACACGCUUAUGAUUUUUCUUUGUGUUUUCCUCAUGAAUUAUUAAUGAGCUUUUGAAAGACUUUUUAACGUCAUUCCGGAAAGCUGCAGAAAAUUGAGAUGGGUAGGGAUUCAACUAUUCAUUUAUAAGGACUGAAGUUUUACGUGUAUUUUUCAUGUAGUUUAAUCCUUAUCCAUCUCAAUUUUCUGUUGCUUUUGUUACCGUUAUCGUUGUGUAACUAUGUGACCUGGACUUUGGGAUUGAGAUUUCAAGUUUUAGGUCCUCCGCAGGCCCUUCGUUGGGCACAGUGCAGUGCAAUUGCAAUCUAUAUAGAUCAGUGGCUGUGAUAUCAUUGCCGGGCAAUGCAUGAUGGGGCAGGUCUGCGGGUUCGAUCCCCGCCAGAGAGCCUAAUGGCCGUUUUCCACUAGGCGGAAUUUUCCGCGCGGAGCGGAAUUUCUCUUUGUCUUUUCUAAUUAGUUCCACCCGAGAAAUCACAAGACAAAGAAAAAUUCCGCUCGCAAAAUUCCGCCUAGUGGGAAACGGCCUUUAUUAAGCUGCAUUUUUUUCUCAGCUGCUCAAGCGGUUACGCCGUCUUCUACUAAGGGAAUUUGUUCGCGCGCAGCGACAAUAUCGUCUGUCGGACAUCGCUUUUGCUCAUGCAUGUAUUAGGUGAUACCAACAAAGGAAAAUGUCUCUGCGCAAGAACAAAAUUCCAGCGCCAAGUGGAAAACGGGCUUAGUAGGUCAGAAAUAUUGCAUCGUUCAAAAAUUCUAUGUACUAAAGGCCAAUCUAUCUCCUCUUUGUUUAUCUGCCCAAGGCCUAGGCAAACUAACAAACAUUAGCACGAAAGUAUCCGAAAAUCUCCACCUCACUCAGAACCCGUGAUUUGGAUGCGCAGUCACGGAACGCCAUUAUUAUUUUCGUUUGUAGUUAAUUUCUGUCUUGUGAACCCAUGUCGUAAUGGUACCUGCUUACAAAUCAACGAGACUAGUUAUCAGUGUGAUUGUCCUCAAGGACUUGCCGGUCAACAUUGCGAAUGUAAGUGUUACCAUAUAUGAGUUAUAGACUGUUGUUAUGUCAAUUCUAGAUCUGUUGAAUUGAACUGAACUAUACCCCCUAUCCCAGCCGCUAUGCUAUGGUACACCAUACCAUAUAUCACACCUAAUAAUAUACAUGAAAAAAUCGCUCAAUUCUGCAUGAUUUGCUAUAAAACGCAGUUCAAUUUUUCGAAAUACAGUGCCAAGAAAUGAAAUACCUGAGUGCUGCAAAGAAAAAGAAAUACAGUGUAAUUUUCUUAAUUUUUUAUUUUUCAAAUUUCUUAAUUUUGUUAAUUUCUGAAUUUCUAAAUGUGACUUACGCACGUGACUGCAUAUUUUUUUUAUGUUUAUUAUUAAUAUAAGUUGAUAUAUGUAUGGUUUCUCGUGCAAUUUGAAAAACAUACACUCGUGACUUUUUCGGAGAUUUGAAUUUAAUUUCAUCGGUCUCAAUAUGAAGAUUAUAGUUAAUUAAGUGAGCUACGAUUACGAUACGAAUAUGAUUUUGAAUGAUUGAAUUUAAUUAAACCCUACCGUACAAAAGUUAUUGCACGGCUGAAUUUAAUGAGGUGUUAUUCAAACUACACUAUAGUAUACACUACCGUGUCAUAUAAACUACACCCGAGCAAACUGCAACAGGGGUCUGGGGCACAGUUGAUAAUGGGGGUAGUCUCUCUAGGUGGGGCCGGGAAACGUUCUGAGGGGAGGGGGGGGGGGCUGUGUGAAAGAAAUUACAUACAGUAAUAAUAAUGGAAAUACAAUAAUAAUAAUAAUAAUAAUAAUAGAAACGGGACUAUAUUGAAGUAAUUUACAACUGGCUACUUAAAUAACUGACACUAUAUACAAAUAAGUACGAUAACACAAUGGCAAUAGAUUAUUUAAACAGUUAACAGUUCUGAAUUUAUAAUAAUAGACUUUACUGAUUAUUCUCUUUUACCCAAUGGCCUCGUUUCCAUGUUAAGUUAUUUUGGCAUGCCUGCAGGGGCAGAUAAAGAUUAUAUUCCCAUGUUUUCCUGGACGAAUUUGUUUCUUGCUGUUCUUAGGCUCAAUAACAAAGUAAUUUUCAACUCUACUAAGCACAAAACAUGGGUAAGUAUUUGACAUGAAAACGAGGCCUUUGGGUGAAAAGUGAAUAAACUGUAAGGUCUACCUUUCGUAAUAAUAACAAAAAUAAUAAUAAGAAUUUUAUUAUUCGUGUUUAUUUUUAGCUUGUGAUCCACAAUAUCAAUGUCGUGGUCGUGGUUAUUGCGCGGUAGAUUCGGACGGUGCACCUAUGUGUGUAUGUCCUGAUGGUUGGUAUGGGUAUGACUGUGAAAGUAAGUUAUCCAAUAGUUAAACCUGGUGUCCAUAUGAUCGUAAAGGUCGUAAAAAUAGAGUCACGAUCUUUCUCAACGGUCAGCUUAUAAUAGUUUAUACCUGUAAACCACAUAUAAAUCUUAAGUAUUCUCUAGUUAUUAUCACUCCGCGUAUUUUUCAUUUGUUUUCCGGCCGGCGGGAUCACUGAUCUGAAAUAAGGACUGUAUAAAGCAUCCUAUUGAGUUCAGGAACCCGAUUUUGAAGCCAGAAUAUUUUAAUGAGACGAGAUUUAUUUAAUCAGUCAAAUUCAUGGUCAGUCUAAUCGUUUGCUGUUUAAGUUCAGUUAGACUAUGAAGCAAAUAUGCCUAUCUUCGCCUGUGUGACUUGUGAAAUAUAGCUUGAUGAUUUUUCUCCUAUCAGAAUGGUUGUAGCAAGAGAAAGUGGACGGUAAUUCAUCUUUUGAGUCUGUCUCUAAACUCGAUCAAUACAUUAAAAUAGCCGCUUUUUGUUAUACGUGCCCGUCAACUGAAAUCCCAAAAUUACGUCAUCGCAAACAAAGAAUAUAAGAAAUGUGUUUGUUUUAUGGUAAAUUACAAAACAUUGAUUUUGGAAAAGGAGACCCUCAAGCUUUAAUUGUUUCACGCCAUCAGAGAGUUUAAGCUUCGCGAAAAAAAAUUUAAAAGGCCAAAGAAAAAUUCUAGCUAUAAGGCAAUAAAGAGCAAAUGAACUUGCUAUUUUUAAAACUGUAAAGCAUAGUUAUUCUUUUGACACAAGAAAGAAAAUAUGAAACGAACAAGUGAGCGGAAAUUCUGCCAAAAAAAUUAGACUCUACCGUUUGCCGUUGCCCUGCCGGAACGCGAAGUUUAAACUCUCUAGCCUAGUCCCAGGCCUUCCCGCAUGGCUUGUCUGAACCUCUGGAGAAGGCCUAGCAAAAUUCGUUAAAUAUGAUUUCAGAAAGUAAACUUGACCGAACUUUCGCCACAUGCACUUCCUUCCAUUACCAAAAUACCUUCAUUCUUCGUCCCAAAGCCAUAAAUUAUCCAAAAACAUCGAAAUGGUUCCCAGAAGGACAGCCUCGCUUCCGCCUCUCCCAGACUUUCCAAGCAAGCGCAGCGGACGCGAAAGGCAGGAACUUGGACACGGAAUAAAGACAAACAGAAGGUCGACUCGAGUAACCGCUGUCACGCCAUGAUUCAUCAUCAAAAUCCUGACGCCAUGGUCCUAGCCAGUGCGCGUUUGAGAGGCAUGCCCUCCCCUGGACGUCUGCCAUUUUGAAUAUUAUCAGGGGGGUGAAUGCCUCUCAAACGCGCACUGGCUAGGACCAUGAUGGCGUCAGCAUUUUGAUGACGAAUUACGGUUACGCCAAAAUCAUUGGAAAAUCAUAGGAAAAACCAAGAAGUCGCGCUUCUGUAUGAUUUAUUCCGUGACUAGGCUACCUAUCCUCGUCUCCAAUCCAGUGUUAUCUUGAGACGAGGAUGGCCGGUGCAUGCGCCUAGUCACAACCAUGCAGUCUGCAUGUUAGCCAGAAUUCUGAAAGAGAGCGUACAAUUUCGGCGGCGACGUACCUUUUUUUUUUUUAAUAAUAACAUUUAAUAUCCAUCUUUGGUUAAAAAAGUACAAUGGAUUUACAAGAAGUGCUAAGGUUAAAAUUGAUAAGAAGAAAUUUUACUAUUAUUUACAUCAAUGUUGCUAAAAAUGUUUAUACUAGUUAUAUAUUCUAUAAAAUUAAUUUAGGACUGUUUUAAAAGGGAUAUAGCUCUAGGUAUAAAGGAUUGCCGGUGUCUUUUAGUAUACGAUACAACAUAUGGUAGAUUACUUGUUGUUCUUAGAUCGUGUUCAUGGGUAAAAGGUUGGGGGAUAAGUUUAUUACAUGGGUUGGUCGGAUCACUUAGAAUUCUUUGGUAUUCCUCAAUAGUUAGGUGUGCCCUUCUUUGUUCUAGCGUUUCAAAGUUGCACCGAGAUGUGCCGAGGAUUUUGAUGCAUCUGUUUUGAAUGCUCUCUAUUUCAUCAAUGAGAUAUUGUGGUAAACCACCCCAUAUCGGAGCUGCAUAUUCUAAAACAGGUCUAAUCUUGGAUUCAUAACAUGUAAUACCGACCUCAGGAGGAAGAUUCGCUCUACGGCAUUCUCUCAGACUAAACAUUCGUUUAUUUGCUUUCCUCACAAUGUUCUUAACAUGACAGUUCCAUUUCAAAUUGUUUUGAUGCCAGACACCCAACAGUUUAUGAGAUUUUACUCUUUCCACUACUUCCUUUUACAUAUCCACAUAUCUUUUGUUUUCUUCGAAUUUAUCAUCAUUUUGUUCCUAUUAGACCAUUCUUGUGCUGCUUCAAGGGCCUCCUGCAUAUGGCUGGAUGAACCUUGUGACACAACUUCGUCCUGUGUACAAUCAUUCCGCAUAUUUGCAUAUAUUUAUGGAUAAUCCAUCUGGGAUUGAGUUCUCAAUAUCGUUAAUGUGAACAUUAAAAAGCGCGGGGACAUCACAGAACCUUGUGGGACUCCUGCAGGACAUGGUUUGACCGAUGAUAGGGUUCCUGCUAGUUUGACCCGCUGUCUUCUAUCCUCCAGAAAACUGCGUGUCCACAGCCAAAAGGCUUUGGUUACAUUCAUUACGAAGUAGAAUUCCGUGAUCAAGAAGGUCAAACGCCUUGCGAAAAUCUAUGA